AUGAAGACAAGAAAAAAGUCAGCCAAGGGCAACCAGAAGGAAGACAAACGUCUGACUGUCGACAUUGACCUCAGUCUGUCAGGCUGGUCAAACGCCCGCCAAUACUACGACCAGAAGCGUGUGGCUGCAACGAAGCAAGAGAAGACCGAGCAGGCUUCCACAAAGGCACUAAAAAGCACCGAGCAAAGAAUCCAAGCAGAUUUGAAGAAGGGUCUGAAACAAGAGAAGGCUGUUCUUCGCCCUGUCCGCAAGCAGCUCUGGUUUGAAAAGUUCAUUUAUUUCAUCUCGUCUGAUGGUUACCUGGUUCUUGGUGGCAAGGAUGCCCAGCAGAACGAGCUUCUAUACCGCCGCCACCUGAAGAAGGGUGACAUCUACGUCCAUGCUGACCUCCACGGUGCCUCAUCUGUCAUCAUCAAAAACAACCCUGGAUUGGCUGAAUACGAGAUUCCUCCAUCGACUUUGUCGCAGGCCGGAAACCUGUCAGUCUGCACGUCAAGCGCAUGGGACUCCAAGGCUGUCAUGUCUGCAUGGUGGGUAAACGCUGACCAGGUAUCAAAGACCGCUCCCACCGGAGAGUAUUUGACUACUGGUGGCUUCAUGAUUCGCGGCAAGAAGAACUUCCUUCCUCCUGCUCAACUUCUUCUCGGCUUUGCUGUCAUCUGGCAAAUCAGCGAGCAAAGCAAGGCCAAACACGUCAAGCACAGACUACAAAACGACGACGUCCGUGGAAUGACGCAAGAAGCAAACUCCAAGGCAGCUGCCAACGACGAUUCUGAUGACGACUUCCCAGAUGCUGGAAAGGAUGAUGCCAGUGACGACGAGUUCCCCGAUGUGAAGGAUGAGGGGAAGACCGAUGAGUCUGAUGAUGAAGACACCCCUGACGCACAAAAAGGCAAUGCAUCUCCUGCUAGCGAGGAAGCAAGAACGCCGGAAGAACGUUCAAACCCUCUCCAACCCCAAGGAGCUCAGCAAUCGCGCAGGCAGCCUGCAGACGNNAAGACACAAACCCGAGUGACUCCGAGUCUGAGGAAGAAGAGGAGACUGGCGAGAAGGAGCAAGACUCCAAGCCAGAGGUCUCCGAGUCUGCACAAACACAGUCACAAGGCAAAAAGGCUGGAAGCAAGGGCAAAAACGACAACUCCAAGAAUGUCCCCACUCAGCCAAAACAGAACAAGCCUGUUCGCGGCAAACGUGGCAAGGCCAAGAAAGCUGCACAGAAAUACGCCGACCAAGAUGAAGAAGACCGCCGUCUCGCAAUGGAGAUUUUGGGUUCAAAGGCCGCAGAAGAAAAACGCGAAGCCGAAGAAGAAGAAAAAGGCCAAGAAGGCCGAAAGCGCAGAAGCAGCCAAAGAACGCCGUCGUGCCCAACACGAAAAGGCUCAGCGUGAGGGUCUCGAAGCCGAAGAGAUACGCCGCUUGAACUUGGAAGAAGGCAUCGAAGCCCUAGACGAAGAAGAAAGCAGUGCCGUCACACAACUCGAUGCCUAUGUCGGAACACCCCUCGCUGGCGAUGAGCUCCUGGAGGCAAUCCCCGUCUGUGCACCAUGGGCUGCACUGGCAAAGUACAAGUACAAAGUCAAGCUACAGCCCGGUGCGCAAAAGAAGGGCAGAGCGAUACGCGAGAUCAUGGACAGCUGGGCCAAGGCCGGCACAGUCAACAAAUGGGUUGACCAGUCCAUGACCGACACCGAACGUAUCUGGCCCAGAGAACUCGAGCUCAUCAAGAACUGGAAGGAUGUCGAGGUCAUUGGCGUGUUGCCUGUCAGCAAGGUCAGAGUCAUGAUGAGUGGAGGCGCACAUGGCAGUGGUGGUAGCGGUGGACAAAAAGGCAAGGGUAAAGGCAGAGGAGGCAAAGGCUCAAAGAAGUCUCGUUGA